AUGGGCUGCUUGCAUUCGAGUUCGAGAAGGCGUUGUCGAGGUUACGAGGAUCCCGUGCUUCUUGCAAAGGAGACUGCUUUCAGUGUCAGUGAAGUUGAGGCAUUGUUCGAGCUGUUUAAAAGCAUUAGCAGUUCUGUGAUUGAUGAUGGGCUGAUAAACAAGGAAGAAUUUCAUCAGCUUGCUUUAUUGAAGAACAAGAACAAGGAAAAUCUUUUUGCGAACAGGAUCUUUGACCUGUUUGAUGUAAAGCAAAGAGGAGUCGUUGAUUUUGGUGACUUUGUCCGUGCACUGAAUGUAUUUCACCCAAGCGUGUCAAAGGAAGAUAAAAUUGAUUACUCAUUCAGACUGUAUGAUUUGUAUGGCACGGGAUUUAUUGAGCGGAAAGAGGUCAAACUGAUGCUAAUUGCGCUUCUAUCUGAAUCUGAACUUAGAGUAUCUGAUGCCACAGUUGAGCUAAUCUUAGAUAAGACAUUCGAGGAAGCUGAUGUGAACCAGGACGGCAAGAUCGACAAAUUAGAUUGGGAGAAAUUCGUAACUCGCAACCCAUCACUGUUGAAGAUAAUGACUCUCCCUUAUCUCAGGGACAUAACGACCACUUUUCCAAGUUUUGUGUUCAAUUCUAAGGUUGACGAUGAUGCUACAUAAAAAAAAAUCUUGGCAUACCAUGCGAAUUGCACUCCCAAAAAGUGAUAAACAGAAAAUGUAUCAGAAACUGGAACAUUGUUUGUAGUCUCUUUUGUGUUAAACAAUGAGAAAUAGAAAAUGAA